AACAAAACAACAACAAAAAAGAAAAAUUGUUGGACUUUUCCCACAACAAACCACUAGAUGGCGACAGUCUCCAAGCUGGCCAUGUCCCAUGAUGCAACGCGUGCGCUUCCUUUUAUAUAGAGCCGGAAGUGUAUAGCCAUCAUAGCAUGAGUGGCUGGUUGUGUGCGUGUUGUUAGUUAGCGAGCGUCUGUGUGAGUGAAUGUGGAGUAUGCAUGUUGUAUGUGUGUAUAUUUUUAAAAACCUACACAGUGAUCUUAUUUGAUCUGGUCUGAGUUUGGCUCUGCUCUGACUAGAAAUGAUAAAAAAAGCGCUCGCGAGCUUCUAUGGGGGCGAUGAGCAGCCGGCGACAAACACCUAAUGGGGCCUCCACAUUUCGUGCUGUGGUCAGAAGUGAUGAAUUGAUCAGAUAUACUAGUUCUGGGUCGGCUUGAGGUUCGCCUUAAAGCUUUACCUGUAAGAACAAUGAGUAAAGAGGCGAUUCUGAUCUCACCACAGCCGAAAAGAAGCCACGAGACCCGCAUGUUAGGAAAUGGUGAAACAAAAGUGGCUUUCAUUUGUAUAGAUAAAGAUGGAUGGAUGGAUGGAUGAUCUUUAUUGACAGACUCUUAUGUCCAGAUUAAAAAAUAAAUAAAUAAAACAAAACAUUAAAAACAAAUAGAACAAAUAAGAUAAAAGCAUAAACAUCUAAAUCUAUUUAAAAAACUUACUAUAAAGAUGUUCCGCACAAGAGUAACCACACAAACACUUCAGCCAGUGUUUCCUUAUACUGGACAAAUAGCGACAAAUGCUCACAGCAGGAUCAGUGAUUGCUAAAAUUAUACUGUUGGCAGAGCUAUCCAGUCGUUCUCUAAAAGUGAACAUUAGUUUUCUUAAAAGAGCUUUAAAAGUACAAAUGCCUGCUGUUACAAACAUCUGACUGGCACUGCCCCCUCUGGGUAUUUUGAGUAUGAUUCUUAAGGCAUCAUUGAAUGCAACAUGCAGCUUAUUCAUGCUGCUUUGAUUGUAAGAUCAAAAUUACUGCCCAACAAAACCAAAAAUACUGCUCAACCACAGUUGGGCUGUAUAAAGCGGAGUACAAUAUGCUUUAAAUAAAGCCACCUUAACUGGUGAACAAAAACUUACGUGCUAUAGUAUUAUUGGCCUGUGCAUACAGCUUACAGCACCAUGGCAUGUAGUCAUGCAAAUGCUAAAAUUGGCCAUUAGAGACAAAUUCGGACUUUUUUAUGAGCAAAAACUACACAAGCAUAAAAAAAAACUACACAAGCAUAUCCGUGUUCCUGUUUUACUUUCCUACAUGUUCUCGCGAUAGUUAGCGUUAACAUUUUAUGUACAUGUGACCUCUUAAAAGCUCAGCAAAACGCGCGAGAAUAAGCAACGUGAUCGUAGCCGAACCGUAGCCGCGAAGAGAAUUUUGUUUAGUCGCUAUGGGCGAAUCAAGUAAAAGACCGAGAUUAAGUCAAAUUAGCAGAAACACGCAGACUUCUGCGAGCAGAGCAAGCGUGUUCAGAGGUGGACACUCGGAUAUUGCCGGAGGCGUUGGUACAUUUGUUGAGGGUUCCAUCCUUCGCAUCACGAUGAGAAACUUCCUAACGUAUGACUUCUCUGUGGUCCAUCCGGGAUCCAAUCUGAACAUGAUUGUUGGAGCUAACGGGACUGGGAAGUCCAGCAUUGUAUGUGCCAUCUGCCUGGGUCUGGCUGGAAAGACAGCAAUUCUGGGCAGAGGAGACAAGGUUGGGCUCUAUGUCAAACGUGGCUGCAAGAAAGGCUCUAUUGAGAUUGAACUGUACAAAAAUGGAGGUAAUGUGAUAAUUAACAGAGAGAUCCAUGUAGAGAACAAUCAGUCACUUUGGAUGCUGAAUGGAAGACACUGCAGCCUGAAACAAGUAGAAGAAGAGGUCAGGACUCUGCAAAUUCAAGUCAGCAACCUCUGCCAGUUCCUCCCUCAGGAAAAAGUUGGAGAGUUUGCAAAAAUGUCCCAAAUUGAGUUGCUUGAGGCAACCGAGAAGUCGGUUGGACCACCAGAAAUGUACGAGUACCACUGUGAGCUUAAAAACUUCCGCAGCAAAGAACGAGAACUGGAGAACGUCUUGAAGGAGAAGACGAGUUUCCUGGAAAAGGCCAAGCAGAGGAAUGAGAGGAACAAGCUCGAUGUCAACCGCUACUAUGAAAAAAAGCGGCAUCUUGACGUCAUCGAGCUGCUGGAGAAGAAGAAACCGUGGGUGGAGUAUGAAACCACUCGUAAGGAGCUGGAGGGUGUGAAGAAGGAGCGAGAAGAAGCCAAAAAGCAGCUUUUGACCCUGAAGCAAGCCCAGGCGCCCAUGCUGAAGAAAAUCCAGCAGAUUGAUGAAAAGCUGAAGCCCAUUGAGGCAGAAAUGAAAGCUAAGACUGCUGCUAUCAAAGAAGCUUCUCAGAAGUGCAAGCAGAAACAAGAUCAGCUGGAUCGAAAACAUAAAGAGAUUGAUGACAUUAAACAGGCACUGAGGAUGAAGCAGAUUGAAGAGGAAGACCACCAGAAAAGAAUCGUCAACACUAGACGGACCAUCGAAGACCUGAAGGUGGAGCUGGACAAGCUCGGAGACCAACUAGACACCACCCUGCUGAUUUCUGCUAUUAGUGUGGAACUUAAGGAGAUCCAGGAGAGGACAGCCAGGAUUGAAGCGGAAAAGGCCGACCUGCGCAGGGAGAGGGACAACGUCAUCGCAGAGUCCAGAAGCUUGCAGAAGAAGCUCAAUGACAUGAACAACCUGAUGAACAUGAAAGAAGAGAAGCUGCGGACACGCCACAGGGACACACACACCGCUCUCCUUUGGCUCAGAGAGAACAGACAGCUGUUCAGAGGAAACAUUCAUGAGCCCAUGAUGCUGGUGAUCAACGUAAAGGAUCAUCAGAAUGCCAAGUAUGUGGAGAACCACAUCUCCUUCCACGACCUGCGAGCGUUUGUCUUCCAGAGGAAAGACGACAUGGAGAUUUUCUUGGUGGAGGUUCGUGACAAGAUGAAUCUGAAAGUCAACGCCAUUUCUGCUCCGGAGGUGUCCUGUUCUGGACGUCCACCGUCAAGAAACAUCGAGUCCAUGAGGCGUUUUGGGUUCUUCACCUACCUCCGUGAGAUGUUCAAUGCCCCCGAUGAGGUGAUGAGUUACCUGUGUUCCCAGUACAAAGUGCAUGACGUUCCAGUCGGCAACGAGCAAACCAAAGCCUUGAUUAAUACAGUGAUUCAGGAGCCUUACCUUAAGGUGUUGUAUACGACAGAUGAGAGGUACACUGUAAAAAGGUCCAUCUAUUCCAACAAGACCAGCACCAGUAACUCAGCUGUGCAAAAGUCUCAGUACCUCAUCAUCACCGUGGACGCUGAAGAGAGGCGACAGCUGGAGCAGCAGCUGAGGGCCUGUGAGUCAAAACUGCAAGAAAUCGAUGAACGAAUGAAGACCCUGCAGACGGAGUUUGCUGCACUGAAUCGCCAUGAAAACGAGCUGUUGUCGGAGAAGAAGCGUUUGUCUGAGUUAAAGGGAAAAAAGAAGCAACUGGAGCAGAAAAUCGGCACCAAACAGGACAGUCUGAGGCAGAUGGAGCAGAACGUUAUCGAUUUGAAAAAGGUUGAAGAACAAACAAAUGCCAAGAUUAAAGCCGUUAGUUUCCAGAAGGUGACCAUAGUCUCUGUGCUCACGGCAGAAAUUAAGACGAAAGCUAAGCUGUCAAUGGAGAAAGUGUACUUGGCUUUGGAGACUGUGGGGUUAACGGCAGAGAAGAACAAGCUGGAGAACGACUGCAGAGAGGGCGCCUCUGAGCUGAAGACGAUGGAUAUAAAGUGCAGCCGUUUGGAGCAGAGAAAGGUGCAGCUGACCGAAAAAUGCAAAGGCCUGUUGAAGAGCGCUAAGUCGAUCUGUCGGAUGCAAAUGGACGAGCCGUUACCUGAAGGCCUGCGUAAUGCCUUCAGCAAACUGCCUGACACGCUGGACGAGGUGGACUCCAUGCUGAACGAGGAGCGGUCUAGAGCUGAGUGCUUCACGGGUCUAAGUGAAAAUGUUGUCGAGGAGUACAGCAGGAGGGAGCAGGAGAUCGAACAUCUGGAGAAAGAGCUGGAAAAGAAGAUCGCAGAUCUGAACGCCUACCGACAGAACAUUUCAGAGGCUAAGGAGCGCUGGCUGAUCCCUUUGAAGCAGCUGAUCGAACAGAUAAACGACAAGUUCAGCAAUUUCUUUCGCUCCAUGCAAUGCGCAGGAGAGGUUGAUCUGCACACAGAGAAUGAGGAGGAGUACGACAAGUAUGGGAUUCGCAUUCGAGUGAAGUUCCACAGCAGCACUCAGCUCCACGAGCUCACGGCGCACCAUCAGAGCGGAGGGGAGCGCAGCGUCUCCACCAUGCUCUACCUCAUGGCCUUACAGGAGCUGAACCGCUGCCCCUUCAGAGUCGUGGAUGAAAUCAACCAGGGGAUGGAUCCUAUAAAUGAGAGGAGAGUUUUUGACAUUGUGGUCCAAACAGCCUGCAAAGAAACUACUUCUCAGUAUUUUUUCAUCACACCAAAACUCCUGCAGAAUCUUCAGUAUGCUGAGGAGAUGACCGUCCUGUGUGUGCACAACGGCCCCCACAUGCUCCCCCCCGACAAGUGGGACAUAAAGGCUUUUAUUAGACGCCUUGAAAGAAAAGCCCGAGCAUAAGUUCAUGUUCUGAAGAGUCUAAAUACUAGAUGUGUUGAUCCUUUUGUGUUCACGUUGCAUUUGAACUUGCUUUGUUUACUUUUUAUAACAGACCGUUUACACAGUAGCUUUCAUGUUUAUAUCGCUAAAUAAAAAAAGAUGCUGCUGUCA